AACUCAUGAGUGCUUUCUAUGGGAAAUAAACGUUUGUUGAAUGUCUCUUGGCGUCAAAUCAAUCGAUCGCCCGUUCCUGUCCGGGCAGAAACAUUAAUUUGCGAGUGUUUCGAUCUCACGGUAGUAUUUUCUCUACCGUCUCGUAUUAUGAUUCUGCUGAAUUGGGCAAUUUGGAGAAAUUGUAGAAUUUGUACUGAGAAUAGAAAUUUGAAAAUAAAAUAUUGAUAUCUCGUAAGGGGGAAAGAAUUCUCGUCGAGUUCUUUGUGCGUCAGUCAUACUGUGUUUCGUGUCUCGCAUAGUGAUGAUUUGUGUCACAACUCAGCAUUUUGGAUACCACCGGAUUCUUCUGCUUGCAAUUGGCUUAUGGCCUUACCAACAAUCCAAACUCGUACAGUUUCAACUGAUGUUAUGUUACGGUAUUGUGAUCAGCUUUAUUGUAGCCCAGUUUUCCGUGUUUAUGUCUGCUGAAUGCACUGUCAAUAUUGCCAUCAAGGUUCUCUCAACCGCAUUAUGUUUUACUAUGUAUAUGAUUGAAUACAACUCAUUUCGAAUUAACGCUCAAAUUGUGAAGGGAUUCUUGGAGGAACUUCAGGACAUCUGUAAUGAACUAAAAGAUGAGAACGAAAUAGCUAUCAUAAAGAGAUAUGGAAACAUCGCGAAACGUUAUACUGCCAUUGUUACGUUUUUUUACAUCACCAAUUGUACUUCCGUUAUUUUACUACCAAUUUUACCGUUUAUCCCUGGUCUUGGCUUCAUAAACGAAUCUCGACAACGUCACGCAAUAAAAACCGUCAUGCCUGUGUACUAUGUUAACCAAGAAAAAUAUUUUUAUUUACUUCUGCUGCACGCGGUUACAACCAUGCUUAUAGGAGGAACUGCAUUGGUAGGAACAGGAAUGAUGCUUAUAGGCUACAUGAAACAUGCCUGUGGAAUGUUUAGAAUUGCCAGUUACCGCAUUAAAAAAGCAUUGAUGGUAAAUAUGGUGGAAAAUAUUAGCUCAAAGGACGAAAUUAUAAUCUAUAAAAAAAUAAUUCUGGCGAUAGAUAUCCAUCGUAAAGCUAUCAAGUUAGUAUUUUUCCUACUAAUAUUUAAUAACAUAAAGAAUAAUAUUUUUAAUUUUUUAAUUUGUUUAAGGUUCUCCGAGCUUCUGUUUUCUAACUUCCAAGGAUCACAUUUUUUGGUGAUAGUAGUUGGUGUUAUUUGUUUGAGUUUAAAUCUUUAUGGAAUUUCUGAAACUGCAGCACUUAGAGGUGAUACCGAACGAUUUGUAAUACACCUUUUAAUUAUAGGUGUAAUGUUUGCAUACUUAUUUAUAGCUAAUUAUGCUGGACAAGAAAUUACGGAUCAUAAUGACCACGUAUUUUCUACAGCCUACAAUGUUCAGUGGUACAUAGCACCAUUACAUAUACAAAAACUAAUAUUAUUUCUCUUGCAAAGAGGUUCUAAAACUCUCACUCUGCAGCUAGGCGGAAUAUUUAUAUUGUCCUUAGAAUUUUUCGCUACGGUAAAAAUUAAUGUUGAAUAUUACGUGAUAUUUUUUUUUAUUCACGAAACAGAUUACAUGAGCUGUAUUUUAUUCUAGUUAACAAAGGCAUCGAUAUCUUAUUUCACCGUUGUCUAUUCCACGCAACAAUAAUGCGAAAAUUUACUAUCCGACAGUGAUUAUCAUUUUCAUUACAAUAGUAUAAAGAGAGAUAUUAGUUGAUUUACAUGUUGACUCGAGAAUGCUUAAUAAUUAUGAAACAGUUUU